AAGACUCUUGGCCUGAAUCCAAGUACUACGGAGCAGUCUCCAAGCAACAUGAGUGAGGAACCUCGUAGAACUCUCAUCCACAACAGCCUGCUUCAGCUGAGCUGUCACUUUACUUGGAAGUUGGUUAUAGAAGAUGCGGACGUGCCUGAUUUGGAAAGGAGAAUCGUUGAUAAAGAUUUACCUGACCCCAACCACAGCAUAAGGAUGCUCAACCUCCUGGCCUACGUGAGACACCUGAAAGGUCAGCAUGAGGAAGCCCUGCAGAGCCUGAAAGAAGCAGAAGACUUGAUCCAGGAAGAGCCACUGGGCAAGAGAAGCCUGGUGACCUGGGGCAACUGUGCCUGGGUGCAUUACCACAUGGGCAGCUUGGCAGAAGCUCAGAGCUACCUGGACAAGGUGGAGAAUACUUGCAAGGAACUUGCAAGUCCCUUCCGCUACAGGAUGGAGUGUGCUGAGAUGCACUGUGAGGAAGGCUGGGCCUUGCUGAAGUGUGGAAAACAGAAUUAUAGACGAUCCAUGGAAUGCUUUGCAAAAGCUCUGGAAGCUGAUUCUGAAAACCCUGAAUACAACAUUGGCUAUGCGGUCGCUGCCUAUCGCCAGGAUUUCAAUGACAGUAGUAUUUCUCUGGAACCCCUGAAGAAGGCUGUCAGGCUAAAUCCAGAAGAUCCACACAUUAAAGUUCUCCUUGCCCUAAAGCUGCAGGACUUGGGAAAAUCAGAUGAAGCAAUAACGUACGUUGAAGAAGCUCAGGACAACAUAUCCUCCCAGACCUAUGUCUUUGGAUAUUUGGCCAAAUUUUACCAAUUGAAAGGUUUUGUGGAGGAAGCACUCCACUUCCUUGAUAUAGCCUUGCAGGCAAAACCUUUCUCAGCCUUCUUGCAUUACCAGACUGGAUAUUGCUACAAGACACAACUGAUCCAAAUAAAGCAAGCUACAAACAUGCAACCUAGAGGCCAGGAUAGAGUAAGAGCAGACCAAUCCAUCCAUAUGGCUAUAUAUCACUUUAAAAAGACUUUAGAACUGAAACCCACAUAUGAGAUAGCUUAUGUUAAUCUGGCUGAAAUGUACAUAGAAAAUGGCCAAUUAGAAGAAGCAGAGGAAAAUUUUCAGAAAGCGUUGAGCAUGAGGGGCAUUGAUGCUACCAUACAGCAAGACAUUCAUUUCCGCUAUGGUCGUUUUCAACUUUACAGUAGGAAAUCAGAAGAGACAGCAAUCACCCAUUACAUAAAAGGUUUGAAAAUAGAAGUAACUUCUUCCUACACCAAAGACAAGCUUCUCAAGGCUUUGAAGAACCUGGCUGAAAGACGCAUUCGCCGGAAUUUUCAUGUUGUGGAAGGCUUCGGCCUUCUUGGGUUUGUCUACAGACUCAGAGGGGAUACAAAUGAGGCUCUGGAAUACUAUGAGAAGGCCCUGAGACUCACAGAAACAUUGAAUCCUGAGUUUUGAAGCACAGCUCACCAAGUAACAUAUUAAGCAUUCUCCCAGCUCAUUAUUCUCCUUUGUGU